AUGGGCUGUGCUGGAUCCACGCAGAACACAGCAGGUCAUCUCUCUGUCUGUCUGUCUGUCUGUCUGUCUCUCUUCGUUCUUCCCUCUCUCGCUCACAUCACCCGCAAUGCCCUGAAUUUGAGUGUAUAUAUCCAAUUUGGUGGAUUCGCUUUAGGUCUAAUGUUUUCCCCGUGCAUGUCUGGGAGUCGCACAGGAACCAUGGAUUGUUGGAGGAAAACCCCUGCCCGAUCACCUUGCCUGUUUAGAUGGCCCACGGUUGUCAACUCGAUCAAAUUCUCAUCAGAUGAUUGAUUUUCCCAUGUAUAUUAUAUAUAUAUAUAUAUAUAUAUAUAUAUUUUAUACCCUGCGUUAGAGGGAGCCCUUCCAGAAAUUCUCGACGACCCGGUUAGUGUCCGGGGAGGGGGUUUGGAAAUAGUUUUCGACCAGCAAUUGACGCGUCUCGGUUAUAACCUUACUGCCUGCGCCAGAUUUAUUCAUUCCCUUUACACACAUUCCUCUUGAAUCUGGUUUUAGUGCUUUCGAAUGUAUCUUUGGUAUUUUGUGCCGCUUGGAAUCUAGGAGUUAUGAACUGGAGAAGAAUUUGUGGAUAAAUUUGCAUACAAUCCGCCAUUGUACUCCCGCAAUCUACGUCUGCGUCACAGGAUUUCUUAUUUCUCUCUCUCUCUCUCUCUCGGUUACGCGCACCCCCCAUCUCCCCCCAAGAGUCAUGCAUAAACAUGGCUCACAUGGCAGUCGUUCAUAUUGACGCCUCUGUCGUGCAAUCUUUAUCGGCUAAUGGUUGUUGGGCUGUAGGACGGACUGAUGCAUUCGGUCAUCUCAUUUUAAAGGUAAAAAGUACUCGUUGUCCUCCUGGAACAUUGAAAAUUGUGUUGUAGAGUCCUCUCUUAAAUGGCGAUUUGUCUAGUUAUGACGAUAUAAAGGUGUGUGACUAUCAACCCUUAAGACCGUUACUGAGUUUCCGUCCUUUAACUGAUGAAUCUAUUAGAAUAGUUUUUCCAGACCUACCUAUUUAAGCUUAACUCACCAGGUAGACAUGAAAAUCUUGCCCCAUCUUAACUUUUUCAAUGCACAGACCAAUUGUCAGGUCUCGAUCCUGACUGAUGUCCUUUUUCGCAUAUAAACUGAAAACUUGAUUCAAUAAAUAAUACCAAAGUGACUUUUGAGAGACUUUUCAUAUCCCGAUGUAAACACAUUAUUACUCUGGGGAGACAACGUCAGGUAAAUUUAAAGCCACAUUUUCGUUUCAUUAUCAUGAGAACUUUUUCGAACAUGGGAUAAACUCUCCACGCCCACAUUUACUCCUUAAUGCUCUUGUGUUUGACAUGGUUGUGGAAUGGGGAAAGGGCGUUUAUGUUUCUUAAGGAACUCUCCAUAUCCUUCUCCAUUUUAAUUUCAUCUUUUAGUUUUCACUUAUCAUAUUUCUUCAUUUAAUAUCUCAUCAGGUGCCUUCCUCAACUUAUGACUGCUUCUGAACAUCCUUGGCACCUAAUUCUUAAAUUUUAUAUGGUAGUUAUUGUCUGGAAUGGAAAGAAUCUUGAAACAUUGUAUUGUUUCAUCCUGUCAUCCACGUUAACUUCUUUAAAAAGGUCUAUACCAUAAAAAUUAUUACCCGUUACCCAUCCUUCAUUUAGCAGUCAUAUCUCUGAAACUUUUUCUGCAAAUUUGAAGUUUGGACAUGGCCAGAUAACAGGAUGCUCUCGUGGCUUUAUGCCAUCUUAUCAAUAAAGGGUAUGGUCUGAGGUAGGUCAUGUCAAGCGUUUGACUUCUCUAUGGUGAAAAAAAAUGUACCUUUGAAUAAAUUCUGUAGUACUUUUUUAGCUCGCUUGGAACACUACUCUCCUGGCCAUUUGACCUCAGAUAAGUAUUACUGAGAACCUUCUAAAGAACCAGUCUGGAAUCAUAAAUAAUAUCCUUCCUUGAACAGAUACUGCAUGAAUGACUAAUCCUAAUCCAAUCUUAUAUGAUUUUUUUUGAGAAACACGCUUGUUAUAUGUAUCUCAUCGAUAACUAGAGCACAAAUUUUCAUAGACACAGUCUAUGAUCUUUUUUUAACCUACCGAUUUCACCCCAACUUAUUAUUUCAAAGUGCCGAAAAAUUUGUUCUCAUAUUUGGGGCGGGUUUUUGUGAUGAUGGGGGAGGUUUAAUUAAGUUAAUCUGAAUUACAAAGAUUGGGAUUAACGUAGCAUGUCUGAGAUGGUCAAUGAUGGAGAGCAAUUGGGGAGGUAGGGUUCUAGACAUGUUUACAGUGGGUGCAGAUGCCCCUUUUAAUGGAGUAGCUGGCCAGGUUGAGGUACUCAAUUUGCCCGGUUAUGGUAUUAUCUAUCAUUUAAAAUAAAAGAUCUCACGUUUUUAAUAUGGCAGAGCUGUGUUUCCAGAGUCAUCUGUAUAUUCCGCCUCUUCUAUGAAUGCUGGGAGAUACUGUGGAUUGGUUUAGGAAACACAGUAUUGAACAAGUGAUUGUUCUUGGAAUUGACACAUCAAACUCCCCAAUGCUUGUUUUUCUUAAUUUCUCAUUUGGAAGCUUUCAUUAGUCUAAUGAAGGAGCGUUGAGAGAGGUCGCCUGAUUCCUGGUUUUGUACGCUGGUACUAUGUAUUCUGAACUUCUGUCGGAUGAAAAUGUAGGAAAACGGAAGAUCUUUCUUCCAUUUGACCCUAUAUUUCAUCUCGACUUGAAUUUCUCUAAAGGCUGAAUCUUCGAGUACUUGAAUCCUGACAUUCUAUUAAGGUAAUUUAUUUUCCCCCUUUAAUUCCUUUGAGCAGGAUGUAUGUAUCAGUUUGGUAGGAUGAUGGAACCCCACUUAUUUGUUACAAUCCAUGAUAGUUUACCUCAGAUCUAUUUUUAAAAUUCAAAGGACAUUGUUUCUGGUGUUGACCAUACUCAUCUUGCUUCGUUAUAUCUGGAAGAACAUGGGGUUACAUAUUUGCCUACCAUACAGAGCAAAAAUUCAUUUAUGUCUCAUUCUCUUGUUCAGUUGUAUACUUUCAUCUAAAAAGUUUCUGAAAGAUCCUGAUCUUGAUUCGAUGGUAAGAACCCAAUUUUCAUGUUCUUCUCCUCUGAUUUUUUAAUUAAAAUUAGUGUUAACGUUCUCUUUAUGCAUCUUUUGUAACUGCAAAAUUUAAUUUUCAAAACUUUCUUAAAGGUUCCAUGAGGUGAGAUAUUUCAUCCUUCCACUUUACAUUCUAUGUACCAUGAGUCGUCCAAUGUAUUGCCCUCACACGUUCCCUUUGAGGCCCUUGAUAUGUAUCAAGUUCGUAGAUUCUGGUGGCUUUAAAAUCUCAGAUUUAGAAGCCCUCAACUGUGGAUAUUUACAAUAUGAGGGUCUUAAAUGUGACGGUUCCUUCUUUCGUAGAUCAUUUUUCAACGACUUCGUGGUUUCUCAUAUGCCUUUGGUCUAAAAUAUAAUUGCAAAUGACUACGGAUUGAUUCACUUUUUGAAUAACUUGUGAAACUUGAUAUACCCAGACAAUCCAAAGAAGCUGCGAAAGCCAAAGCCUUGGAAGCAUAGUCAGGCCCUUACUAGGGCACAGCUGAAGUGCAUGCGUGAUGAGUUCUGGGACACAGAACCUCACUAUGGUGGCCAGAAAGGUUUUCUUUCUUUCCUAUUCACCGAAUCUAUUUCUUUUAAUAAGAAAAACAAAGUGCUUAUCAUAGUUUGAUCUGAACUGCUACCCUAGCGUUUGCUUUCUCUGGCAAAUGUACGUUUUUAAUUUGAUGCGUUUCAUCAGGCUUCUGAGUCUGUUUCAUCUUCCCUUUAUUUACCUUUCCGUUUAUUCAUGUGAAGCAAUUUUACUUAAUUGACGUAUCAUCCCUUAUUGGGCGUCUCUCAUACCAACCCUUUCAUUCUUCAAAAGGGGUAAAACCUCGUAUCAUUAUCCAUGGGGGAGUAUUGGUCUAACAGACAACUAUUUGGAUGUCUUAACCUCUGGGUCAACCUUUUGCCAAAAUUCUGGUCUUUGAUGUUUGCUAGAUUGCAUUAGUUCAUAUCUAUUGUCAACGGGUUGUUUUUUUUAAUAAAGGAAUACGUUCUGUCAAAUUUUGGAGAUCAUUUGCGAAGAGCAGGAAGGAUUUUUGGGUUUUAGGGAAUUUGUACUAUUGGAAGACUAGGGCAAGCAAUAAAAUCUAACGUUAUUGACACUCGCUCGAUAAUACUUCAAAUGGAGAUUCUCGAUUUCAAAGUAUGACGCAAAUGAGGAUAUCAAAUGAAAUAAAUGAAGACAUUGCUUACAAAAAUCUGAACUCAGACAAGGAUCAGUGAACUCAGAUCUGGCGAUGGUAUCUUUAUCCGACUGUUGAAAGAUGGAUCCAAAUGUCUCUGACUCUCCGAAUGUUCUUCUAAUUUCCUACAAUCCUCUCUUCCCAUUCUUUUUUUUCUCUGUUGUUAUUUUAAGUGCUUAGGGUUUAGGAUUCCUGAUGUUAACGUUGUUCUGGUACUCUAUGGUUGCUGAAUCUACUCUAGGCUUCGACUUAGCUCAGGGCAUUUUUCUGUAUACUCUCCACUUCUGAUUUCAUAUUCUUAUUUUUUUUUAAAAGUGUGUUCCGAGGCUACUGUUGCAACAUGUAUAUCCAAGUCUUUGUGUUGUUGCGAGGAUGUCUCUUUGUUUCAGUGGUGACUUUUUUUCCUAGGAAAUGAGUUAUAAUGAACUUUAUCCAGUGCACAAUCCGUGCUUUGUGCACACUCCUGGAAAUACUGCUUGUGAAGAUGAUCACGUAUGUGGCCAAGGCUGCUUAGAAAAUGAGAGGGUCUGUCAGGCUGGUAACCUAAGAUGAUCACGUAAGUUGAACAGCUUAAGCUUAUGCGGUUUGGAAGAAACCCUAUUUGUUUACCUAGAAAAGCAACGGGGAAAGAUGGUUUUUUUUUCGUUUUAUGACUAGCUGUUUUCAAGGUAAGAAUCAUCUAAGGAGUAAGAAAACCAUGUUCUCCGAAUAAUUGAUAACAUUAUUCCCAUUAAUUAAGAUAAAAGUCAACGAGUAUCCUGUUUCAAAGGGUCAGAUGACAUCGUAUUAAUGAUUUGGAUAUGGAUGUAUUCGUCUUUGUCACCAUCCGUCUGUCUAAUGGCCAAGUCUAUCCAUUAUGAUAUAACUAGUAAAUUAUGACCUUUUACCUUAAAACUCCCCAUACAAGACAGAAAAGAAGAAGAAGAAGAAAGAGCUUUGACUUUUAGCGUUUCUUUUUUUUUUUCUUAAUAGAACAUUAAGAAGGUUUACAAUGUUCUCCUCAGCUCUCACUUUUUUGCCCACCAGCUUUUAAUUGAUUAUUAAGACAUUAAACAUUUUUCCAGUCAAAUUUGUAGACAAGAAAUCCGUUAGCCCGUUAAUUUUGAUGAAAGUAAUGAUUUAAUGGCGUCACAAUAGAACGUUGACGACGGUUUCCCUGAAGGAAUGUUCCCCGUAUCAUUGAUAUUUCUUGUUUUUAAUCUUCGGUUUAUAUACUUAUUCUGGUAUUGUCAUUUUUUUUAAUCCUAAACUUUCAAGAGCGUUCAGCAACCAUUUGAAUACCCACCUCGAGAUGAAGAUCAUUCUCUCUAUAAAAUCUCCACUCGCUUGAGCCUGAAUUCAGAAUGAUUUAGGAUUCCUUGGUUGAUUUUAAUGUUUUGAGAAGAACAAUGAUGAUAUUUUAUGAAUCCACAUAAGCUUGCCAACCCAAGGACGAACCAUGUGCGCAAGCCUUUCCUUCUCUCAUCAUUUUGGCUCCUGGAUCCUCUCUCCCUUUCUUCUACGCGAGGAUUACCUCGAUCCUCGGGAUUUCUUCUGAGGCAGAGUCCAAGUCUGAAGAAGCUUUUGGGGCACACCGGCCCUCAUGUUGAUCUUUAUAACCAUAUGAAAUCGGAAGAAUGGUAGUGCUCAUGUGGUUUAAUUCAUCGAAGCAGAGAUCUGGGAUGCCCUUCGAGCUGCAGCAGAAGCCACCGAUCUGGCCCUUGCUCAGGCGAUUGUGGACAGCGCCGGCAUCAUCAUCUCCAGCGCUGACAUGACGACCUGCUAUGACGAAAGAGGUAGGCCCCACUUGUUCAUUGGUUUUUUUUUCUCAUUCGUCUGGGUUCCAUAAAUAUUUAGUUUUUCAAAUAAAACUUUGUCCAGGUGCGAAAUAUGAAUUGCCCAAGUAUGUUUUGAGUGAGCCCACCAAUCUGAUCCGAGAAAGUUGA